AUGACUGAAGGCUCGGAUGUCAAUGAUUUCCUGGAGCGCAUUCGGGAACUAGGCGAGCGGCGCGACAAGGAAGAUGAAGAGCGCACCAAGAAACUGGAGGAAGAGAUUCUACAGGGCCGGAAAGAAAGGCAGGCCCGGAGAGCUGAACGAGCACGAUCCCUCGCCCUCACAGAUGAUUCACCAACCCUCCAUGUCGCGCGACUGAGCGCUUCCUCCAUCAGCCCUGGCUCGAUCAACCCGCCGGAACACCUCGAGCCGACUUCGCGACAAGACACACGGGAUCUGGAGGACAAGUCGGAGAACACCGCGUCCACCGAGAGGCGUGGAUCAGAUCAGGAUCCCAUGGAUUCGCCUCGAACCCGCCCUCCGUUGUCUCGUAGCCGAGCAGGGACCUUGUCAUGGCAGCAACGCCCUUUGUCGCGAGAGUUUGGGUCUCCCACAGCCUCCCCAACCCGCUCUCCGACGCGUGCAAGCCACUUGAGAAACUUGUCCACGGCAUCAGAUGAAAACAGGCUGUCCCGCUCCUUUGGAUUUGCGCGCCCAACAGUCUCGUCUCCCCACAGCCCGGAACGAGGCGUUGGCUCGGCAUAUCGUAAAACAGAAGAACGGCCGGAUAGUGUCACAGAGUCAAGCGCCCCUCAGCUGCCGACACCGAGUAUGGACCAUGAACCGAGUGUCGAAGUUGAGAAGCCAGAGGCAGAGAGAUCGCCAUCCAUUCCAAGAACCGGGUCUCGGGAUAGCAACACGAGCCAUCGUUUCUCUGUGUCGUCAGUCUCUGGGCUGGGGUCGCCAGUGCAUCUGUCAGAGGCUCAGAAGCUCGAGCCACCGCAGGCUGAUUCUUAUCUCGAGGAUCCUAUGCCGGAAUCUCCAACCCAGCGGCGAAUGUCUCCAGAGCGAACGCGGUCAACAUCGCCCACAAAGGGGCUCGGGGGGUUCGUUCAAAGUGCAAUGAUGAGACGGUCAGACAGUGUGUCGAAAAGGUGGAGUGCUCAGAUUCCGCAAGGACUGAGUCGGUCCAACUCGAUCAUCUCAAAUCGCAGUAGCGUAGCAGGUCCAAGUUUGAGUGAAAUGGCCCCUCCUUCUACUCGGGGAGUUGGCCGCGAAACUCCCACUCUUCCCCGACGACCAGGCUCCAGCCACAGCGAAGCACCCACAGAAAGAACCGAGAGACCAACAACGCCUUCUGGCCCCCCACCUGCACUCUCAGAUAGAGACAGCGUGCGCGCCGAGGGAAGCCCGAGCAGACCAAGUCGACCCCUUCACUCCAGGUCUGCCAGCUCAGUGACCGCAGACGGCAACGACGCUCCGUUUGUAUCACGCACUAUGGACCCAAGACGCUGGAGCCCCAGCAAGGCUACCUGGCUGGAGAGUGCUCUCAACCGGCCUGAGUCGCCGCGCUCUACCCGACCACCCUCGCAGCCCUCCUGGGCCAGGGACCGACAGUCUCGGGGCAGUGUCGACAUGGGACGGGUGAGCAAUUUCAAGGAAGUCACUCCCAUCGGUUUGAUGCGAACACCCCCGCCGGGACUUCAGUUCAAGAGACCCAGUGUGUCCGGUCCGUCGCUGCCUGAAAGCCCGGGAAACAAAGCGAAGGAAACUGUUCCUGAGACCCCAUCUGUUCUGGGUACUCCCGUUGCCAGCAAAGUGAAGGAGACGAUUCCAGAAACUCCCUCCGCCCCCGAAGUCCCUGAGACCAAAGCGGAGGAGAUUCCAGGAUCUCCAUCAGUUCUCAAGACUUCUGAUACCAGCAUGGCAAACCAGACGAUUCCUCAGUCUCCUUCUGUUGGUAGCCCUGAACCCGUCACAUCGAGAGAAGCAGCUCCAGAACGUCCCUCGCCUGCUGAGGAAACCCCGUCCACGCCUGUCAAGGAGACGACAGAGGAACUCAAGUCUGUCUCUCUCGCUGAACAAAAAGGCGAAUCACAAGAACCAGCAGCUGAGGCAUCCGCAGAGCUUGCAGAACCUGAAGUCGCCCCAGAGCCCGAAUCGGCUCCGACUCGCAGGCUACCUCCCUCCUCUUUGAGCCCCAAACCGAACUUCUCCAUAUCUACGUCCUCUCGGGAGCCCAUUUCGCCCAAGCCGAAGCAACCACAGUCUCCAGUGGUCGAUUUCAGAGCAAAUCUUCGGAAACGAGAGGUUGUCAAAGACAGCGGACCCGAAAAAGAACCAGAGUUCAAAAACGUAUUUGGACGGCUCAAGAAGACCGAAACCCGCAAUUAUGUUGCCCCGGACGAGCUGAAGGGCAAUAUCCUACGCGGGAAAGCUGCUCUCAAUGUCACCGGAGGACCAAAGAAGACCCAGCGUGUCGAUGAGUUCAAGGACAGCCUUGUGAAACGCAAAGACGAAAUGAAGGCCGGUGGAGGCUCUAUUAGACGAAACACUGUUGGAGAGAAAGAUGCGCCGCCAAAGCCCGCCGAUGCCGUUCCGGAAGCUAUUGCUGUGCGACAAAGCAUGACAAGAUCAAAGAGUAUCAAGCGAGUUUCUGUCGAUGAACCAAUCUCUCCCUCGCAAAGCAUCGACUCCUCACGAACAUCGCAGGAUCGACAAUCAUUUUCGCCGUUCCCUACUUCGCCGUCGAAAGACAUCAGUUCGUCGAGAACGUCUCAGGAACGACAGCCCUGGCCGCCAUCUCCUGCAAAUGACGACUCCGCAUGGCCCUUGAAACAAACUGGCGCGUCGCCUGUAUCCCGGGAAAUCCAGCCAUUGUCGCUGUUCCCUGCCGAUAAAUCCGCCGAAGAGAAGGAGAUGGAAACAGUGACUCCGGCAACGGACUCCUUCCAGGACACUCCUACGCCAGAACCUUCGCCGAGCCAAGAACAAGACCGUGCGGUGGUGGACCAAAUUGAGCCAAGCAUCACCAAUGCACAGGAUGCUCCCACCGAGUCUAUCUUUCCAGUCCGUAACUUGCCACAGGUCCCCAUUGGGCAAGCUACUGUGAACCCAAGUCUGGCUGGAAAGGGCAAACUAGCAGGCCGAAUCAAUCCCGCGCUGGCUGGACUGCUGUCUCGCGGCCCGCCCGUGGCCACUGAAGGACCGAAGAAGGAUCUCCCGACUCCGGUCUCUACUGAAAUAGAUUCUGCCUCGCCCUCUGUGCCUUUAACCCAUGUUACAAAAGGACGUGCCAGAGGCCCGAAGAGACGACUUCCCAAGGCAACUACUGCUUCGACCCCAUUCCCUCGGGAUGAUUUUGAGGUUGGUGCUAUUUCAUACUUUGAAGCCAUCCCAUCACAGGCUCCUUCAAUCCCUGUCGAGUCUUCGGACGACACGUCGGAUCGCCUCUUGCAACCUGAUUCAGAUCUGAUUCCUGACACCGAAUUCCCUCGUUCAGGCAGCCCGGUCUCCACCCAACUCCCUGUGAAUAGUCCCUUGCAGGAACUCCUCGAAAGCGAACCCACUCCUCCAGUCCCUACUGCGUCUUCAGACGACAUGUCAAAUCGCCUCUCUCAACCUGAAUUGGCUUCCCUUUCUGACACCAAAUUCCCCCGUUCAGGCAGCCCGAUCACCACCCAACCUCCUGUGAACAUUUCAUUGCCGGAUACGGAUACUCUCGAGAACAAAGGCGCGCCCUCGAUUCCUGUUGAGUCUGCGGACGAUGUAUCGGAUCACAUCUCGCAACCUGAUUCUGAUCUACAACCUAACGCCGAAGACGCCCCUUCGGUCAGCCCGGUCACUACUCAAUCCCCAGUGAAUAUUCCAUUGCAGAGUAGCCUGAAGGGACGGCCCGAGCAACGACCUCAAACACGUCCUUUGACAACGGAUUUUGAUAUAUUCCCCUCCCCUGGUUCCUCUCCUAGUCUUGAGACUGCAUCCCGUGCUCUUGACAGUCCCGGAGGCAUGAGUGCGACAGACAAACCGCCCGUCCCGCCGAAAUCCAGUCCGCCCACGUCCCCAUUGCCUUCAACGCCAAAGUCACUAUGGGGCCAGCAAAAUCGGUUUGCUUCGUCGUCUCCAUCCCCUCUCCGAACAAGCUACAAAGAGAAUCGCAUGGAUACGCCCCCGACUCCUCCGCUGAAGAACAUCCCCGGUGUCACUGUAGCCGUCGCACGGGACUCUGUGACACGUGCCACAAGCCAGCCCUCCCCUCCUGUGCCCCCAAAGCAAGACGAUUAUAUGCUUCACAAGCCAAUUGAUCCGCGCCGACUAUCCCGUAAGAUGUCAGCACCGUCACUGGUUGCACAAGCUAGCGAGGCACGAGAGGUCAUUGCGGGAUUUUUCAAGUCAUUCCCCAACCCUCGAGAUCGCAUGGACAUCGACCCGCAGCUGAUGUUGAUGAAGAAACCAGAGGAUUUUAAGAUCAGAACUCUCAGGCUGCAGAUAUGGGAACUCACGGGCGAUGGCAGACGCCAGGAACUUCCCUCUCAUCAAGAGUACAUUCUCUACCAAGGCAGCAUGUAUCUCUGCGUGCAUUCCUUUGAAGCACAGGGAAGCAGCAGCUCGGAAGUUUAUCUCUGGUGUGGAGACGAUGUCCCUGAUGCUUCUGUGGACAAUGAACAGAUGUUCGCUCGCAAAGUAGCCCGUGAAAAUAGCUCCAAGGUGCAGGUCAUCCGACAGGGCAAAGAGCCCGUUCGCUUCAUUCAAGCGCUCGGUGGCAUCAUGAUCACCCGUCGAGGAUCCAGCUCUCGCCACAACUCAUCGGCCCUCUACAUGCUUUGUGGCCGGAAACAUUUGGGACAGAUGACCUUUGAUGAGAUCGAUUACUCGCUGCGCAAUCUCUGCUCUGGCUUCCCAUAUGUCGUUUCAGCUCCCUUUGGCAAGCUCUACCUAUGGAAGGGCAAGGGCAGUGGACCUGAGGAGACGGGUGCCGCUCGUCUCAUUGGGAUGGACCUGGGUCUGACUGGGGAGUUUGAAGAAGUCGCCGAGGGCGAAGAACCGGAAGAAUUCUUCGAUGUCUUCGCUGGUCCCAGAGAGGCUGCUCCGUACAUGUGCCAGGAUUAUUGGCAGCUCAAGCCGAAGUAUUCCCAGUUCCGCACACGACUUCUGCGUGUCGACCACGAAUUAGGGCAACCGACUCGUUUCUGGAAUCUACGCCGCCCCGGAUCGGGCUCGCCCGUGGUGAAGCCCAACGACUGCGUCCAGGAAAUCGAGCCUUUCUGUUACCGCGAUCUCACUGAUAAGGAUAUCUAUGUUCUGGACACGUUCUUUGAGAUCUACGUGAUCAUCGGCGAGCAAGCCUCACAAAAGUCGGCUGACUUCGCGUCCGCGGUGGUCUUUGCACACGAGUAUGGCAUCCUGGCCACCUCUCUCCAGGAUCGACCUUUUAUCCCCAAGAGUUUUGUUGCGCUGGGUGGUGUCGCCGACCGCUGUCAAAGCGCAUUUCGCAAAUGGAACCCACGCACUGUCAACGCACCUUUUGUGUUCCCUCUGGAUGUGGUCAUUGAAGCCAUGCGAGCUCCAGGGGAGGAGUGA